AUGACUCGCUUCCGGCCCUGCAUCGAUCUCCACGCCGGCCAGGUCAAACAGAUCGUCGGCGGGACUCUGAACACCCAGGAAUCCGAGCUGAAGACCAACUACGUCUCACAACAUCCGGCGGGAUACUUUGCAAAUCUCUAUCGCGAUGCCAAUCUCUCGGGCGCCCACGUCAUCAUGUUAGGACCGGGGAAUGAACAGGCUGCAAAGGAGGCGCUGGCCGCCUGGCCGGGACGACUCCAGGUCGGUGGUGGCAUCACCGACGCCAAUGCAAAGGAUUGGAUUGAAGCUGGCGCCGAGAAGGUCAUUAUAACGUCGUUCCUGUUUCCCAGUGGCCGCUUUUCCCUGGAGCGAUUGAAGUCUGUACUCGCGACGUUGGCGGAGGACCGAGACAAACUCGUCAUCGACCUCAGCUGCAGGAGGAGGGGCAAUACGUGGUUCGUGGCCAUGAACAAGUGGCAGACUAUCACAGAGAUGGAGAUCACCAGGGAAAGCAUCAAGAUGCUCGAGCCCUAUUGUUCGGAAUUCCUCAUCCAUGCGGCCGACAACGAAGGCCUCCAGCAAGGCAUCGACACCGAGCUCGUCACAGCCUUGGCCGACUGGUGCAUGAUACCGGUGACAUAUGCCGGUGGUGCUCGCACUGUGGCAGAUCUUGACCUCGUGAAGCAGUGCAGUCAAGGCAAAGUUGACCUGACCAUUGGCAGUGCCUUGGAUAUCUUUGGCGGAGGUGGCGCCAGAUUCGAAGAUUGUGUUAGAUGGAAUGCAGACAAUGCCUAG